GGUGGACUGCACUGGGUGUAGCUGAUAAAGCAGCAGAAAGAGGGCUUGGUUUGGGGACUGCAACUGGAAACCCUGUGUUAGGUUGGAGCCAUCAACAGGUCUGAGCUACACAACAAUGCGUGAAAUUGUGCAUCUUCAGAUUGGCCAGUGUGGGAACCAAAUUGGAGCUAAGUUCUGGGAGGUGAUAGGUGAUGAACAUGGAAUUGACAUCACUGGAAACUACUAUGGGGAUGCAUCACUGCAGCUUGAGCGCAUCAACGUGUACUUCAAUGAGGCUUACUCCCAUAAGUACGUGCCCCGUUCGAUCUUGGUGGACCUGGAGCCUGGUACGAUGGACAGUGUACGAUCCAGCAAAAUAGGCCCACUGUUUCGACCGGACAAUUUUAUUCACGGCAAUUCAGGUGCUGGAAACAACUGGGCUAAGGGCCAUUACACAGAAGGUGCUGAAUUGAUUGAAAAUGUCAUGGAUGUGGUCAGGAAUGAGUGUGAGAGCUGUGACUGCCUCCAGGGAUUCCAGCUCAUCCAUUCACUUGGUGGUGGUACAGGCUCAGGUAUGGGCACGCUCCUCAUCAACAAAAUCAGAGAAGAAUAUCCCGACAGGAUUAUGAACACUUUCAGUGUCGUGCCUUCACCCAAAGUGUCCGACACAGUCGUAGAGCCGUAUAAUGCCAUCCUCUCCAUCCAUCAACUAAUAGAGAACACAGAUGAAACCUUCUGCAUUGACAAUGAAGCUCUAUACGAUAUAUGUUUUAGAACUUUAAAGCUCACCAAUCCCACCUAUGGCGACCUCAACCACUUGGUGUCCCUAACGAUGAGCGGUGUCACCACCUCACUCCGUUUUCCCGGCCAGCUGAACGCAGACCUGAGGAAGCUGGCUGUUAACAUGGUGCCUUUUCCUCGCCUGCAUUUCUUUAUGCCAGGCUUUGCUCCGCUGACAGCUCGAGGUAGCCAACAGUAUAGAGCCCUCUCGGUGCCAGAGCUUACUCAACAGAUGUUUGAUGCCCGGAACAUGAUGGCAGCCUGCGACCCUCGGCGUGGGCGGUACUUGACCGUGGCGUGCAUCUUCAGAGGCCGAAUGUCGACCAGAGAAGUGGAUGAGCAGUUGCUGGCUGUUCAGACAAAGAAUAGUUCCUACUUUGUGGAGUGGAUCCCUAAUAACGUCAAAGUGGCUGUGUGUGACAUACCACCAAGAGGCUUGAAGAUGGCAGCUACCUUCAUUGGCAAUAACACAGCCAUUCAGGAGCUCUUCAUCAGGGUUUCUGAACAGUUCUCAGCUAUGUUCAGGAGAAAAGCAUUUCUCCAUUGGUACACCGGUGAAGGGAUGGAUGAGAUGGAGUUUUCUGAAGCAGAAGGUAACACCAACGACCUUGUGUCUGAGUACCAGCAGUACCAGGAUGCCACUGCAGAUGUUGAGGAAUAUGAAGAGGUAGAAGUGGAAGCCAGCCCAGAAAAGGAAGCACAAUAAAAACAAUGGUAAUAUCAAAACAUCCUCCAAAUAGGCCUGUUGGCUCUCACUAAAGCAAUAGCCAUCGUCUGCAUCCUGAAAAAUAACACCUGCCGUAACAUUUUUUCCUCUGCAUCUGGCCAAACUAUAUCCAAUAUUACAAUACAGUCCUUUUGAUAAUGGAAGCUAUGCUUUACUCUCCUAGAUAAUUGUUGACACUGAAUCUCUUCCAAAAAAAGAGCCACUAGGAAGACCAGUUAUCUGGUAACAGCCUUUCUUGUAAAUGUAUUCACUUUUAGAAUAUUACCACCAGAUACUGAAUGCAAUAUACAGCCUCUGUGCCUGUGUAUAUAUGUAUCAGGAUCAUAAGCAACAGCAUAAUAUGCUAUCAACUCAUCAAAUCUAUUUAUUCUCAGGUAAACCCAGUCCCUGGUUUGUUUGUGAGCUUGUUUCUGGUUUAGGAACACCUGCACCUCUGUAGUAAGGCCCAUACCAGCAGAAUCUUAUUAUCACACACUCCACAGGCUGAUGUAGAGCUGCAGCCAAGCUCAGGUCCUUAAACUGCCAAGAGGAGGAAAGGGGAAACAACACAGGGCAAAAGACUGAAUGUACACAUUCUUUUUUUUAGUUUGUUUUGAAGAAAGAGAAGUACUUUCACAGUUCUAUCACCUUGCUGUCUUAUACUAUUGCAGAGCUUGUAUUCAUUAUCAUUGUGUGGUUUGUUCCCAUUUCAAACUAUAGAUUGAGCUGUGAACACUGUGUAAAAGUUUUGCUGUGGGUUUGUUCUGUUUUUUUUUUUCCCCUUGUACUAACUAGUAUAAAUUUUCUUCCUAUCACUUAGUACAGCAAAGUGGAUAGAAUGGUUUGCAGCUAGUUAAGAGACGAGUUCAACAGCAAUCACUAAGUCAAAAAUGUAUUGUGGCCUCAGGACAAGUUUCUUGCCAUGCACAGCCAUCUACUUAACACUGUAUGAUACUACUAUUUAAAAUAAAAGUUAUAUACCAUUCUCUACAA